ACCAAGUGAAGCGUCAAUCUCACUCGCCGAUUUUGGUUCAGAAUCGAAAAUAAAUGAAAACAAAAAUGUGAUUAUUACUGGCUGGUGGGACGGCGGCUCAGUGUACGGUGGGACGCUGCGCGCGCGCUCGCAUACCGCCUUUCGAAUUUCCCUCCGAUCAGUGGGUGUUCCAAUUUUGAAAAUUUCCGACCUGAAAUAGAAACAAUUGACAGUAAAUGAAAUAAAAAAGUUUGAACUUCGAACGCGCGCCAUUUAAAUUCGCGAGUGAUGAGUGGACGCGGCAGUGCCUGGUUUUGGUGAUUUUUCAGUGUGACUGGCCAGUUGGAUUCGAGUAAAGUUUUCUUUUUAUUAGUGUUCGAUUGAUGAUUUAGUUUCUUCAAAUUGCAGGUGCCAUGGGGGUGCGUUUCGUUCUACCGUAAGCUGAAAUGACUGGGCGGAUGAUACAUGCACGACAACGGAGAUUCGAUUGCAUAAAGAGUACAAAAUUAUUAAGGUGUGGCAUGAGAGUGCGGUGGUAGUCGGGCGGCGCGGUGGCGGCCGGAUGACGACCGCGCGCGCCCGCCCGCCGCCCCCCGAGACCGCGCGCUCACUAUGCGCCUGUGGCGCGCCCUGCCCACUCUGCUCGCGGUGCUGUGUGGCUGUGUGCUGGGCGCGGGCGCGGACGCGUACGGGAACGCCACCCGCGUGCGGCGCGAGCCCCACCCGCACCACCGACCUCUACGAGGAGGACGCGGCGGCGGCGUGGAAGCGCGGGCACUGGCGUGAGAUGCAGGCGAUCAUGCGCAGCGAGGGAGCUCGAGGGGUCGCCGAGUGCUGCCCCUCCGUGCUCGAGAUGGUGGCCCCGAAGGGCGGCAGGACGCCCAGCGGGCUGUUCGUCGAGCUGUAUGAGGAUGGGGAGAAUAUACAGCAGUUGUAUGAGCUGUCGUGCGCGCCUGAUAUUGUUGGGAGGCCUUGCAGAUUCGUCGACGCCCGCCUGUACAACCAGUCGCGCUGCGUGCAAAAGUAUUCCUACUCCUACGCGCUGGUGCGGAAGCCAGCAGCCACCGAGAUCCCGCAGCACCGGGCGCGGCGCGAGGGCCAGGGCUUCUCCGUGCCCGGCGCCGGCGGCUGGUCCAUGGACUAUGUGCGGGUGCGAUCCGGGUGCGAGUGCCAGAUCACCCCGCCAAAACGGAAAACACCCCACAAGAAACGCGAACGCCACAGACAAAAGAAGAAGAACAGACGGUUAGAGGAGGAAGACGAGACUUGACAGUGAGUUAAUGUGCCCAGUGAACAAACAGUUGAACAAAUUGAAUAAUCUAGUUGCGUUACCGAAGUGUGACUGAGCGUAUGUGUUGGUGUGUUCUAAUGAUUACUUAAUGUAUUUAUUUUCUUUGUAAAAUUACGCUUCUUGUUGUAGUUUUUCGGAUUUAGCCGCCUCGGUCGAUUUUCGAUUUUUAUAAUUAACUAAAGCUAGCGUUAGCUGAAAUUAAAGUGUUCAACAUGUGCCUUAAAAUAUUCGUAAAAUUAGCCUUGUAUUAUAUAUUUUCAUCACAUUUGUAAUCAUAAUAUUGUAAAUAGUUCCAGGCUAGCGAUCGAGUUGCUCGUGAGCAAAUAUUUUUUUAAUCUUUUGUGGCUUUUCUCCUGUACCUACAUGCUAAAACUUCAGGUAGGUAAUAGGUAGCUGCUAUUUACGCUAUAAUGUAGUCCAGCAAAAAAAGGUUAAUGUAAAAUGACCAAAGUUUUGUUUUCCUAUUCUUACUUUUUUACUGAAUUGAAUGUUUCAGCGAAGUUGUAGGUAACUCGUUCUACUGAUUGUAAUGCUCUCUUCCCUUAUGAAAUAAGAAUAUUUAUUCAAAGUUAACAUUUAUUAAUUUGUUAUUAUUGUAACUGUACUUACUUUGUAGGCAUUAAGAGCGUCGAGUCAAAGAUCUGUAUUAUUUUCUAUUUUUUAAUACUUUUAUUGUAUAAAAUAAAUUUAUGUUUAAGUAUCACUAUACUGUAAUAUUUAUACUGUCUAAUACGAGGUAUUCCGAUUUUCAGUAUGAAUUUUUAGUUGUUUACGUAGAACCGCUUUCAUAACGUAUCAAUGUACAUUAUAAUUAUAUUACACACGAUAGUAUUGUGGACUGAGAUUAUUUUAUGUGCAUUUAGAGUUCGUAAAAAUUAGGACAUUUCCGUGGAGUAGCCAUCUGUUGGUGAGUAGAAGAACUAAUCCGUAGUAGCGACAUCUGUAGUUGAGUACCGGAAUCUUGUGGCAUCACAAAAUAAUAUUAUAGUCGUAUUUCUAUAAAACAAAAUGUAUAGUGUACUUAUUAUUAAACAGUGCCAUGAUACACACAGUCAAAUAAACUUGUGAAAUACAUUCAUAAUAUAUUUUAAAGCAAUAAAUUAACUUAAUUGUAAUUCAGGGCAAUUAUAUACCUACCUAUCUUAUUCCUAUGUAAAUAGACACAAUCCCUCAAAUUUUGUUACAUCACAACACACAAAAACCAUUGUUGAGACAAAUUACAAAUAAAAAACUGGAAAUAAAA